GAACAUAAAGAAAAAAUAGGAAGAAAUAUAUACACAUAUUAUCAUUGGAAAAAUAAAAAUGAUAUUAGAAAAAAAUAUCAAAGACAACAUCCUUCUUAUUAUAUCAUAAUAGAUAAAGAAAUUGAAAAAUCUAUUUUCAUUCUUGAAAAUAUAAUCAAAGAAAAAUAUUUAACAAUAGAUAUAAAUUCAGAUUGGCAUAAUUGUAAUUGGCAUGCUAAAGAUAAAACAACUUCAAUUGUCAUCGUAGAAGAAUUUGUAAGAAAAGAUUGGGCUUGGAAUUUUUAUACGAUAUACAAUGGCUGGUAUUAUAGAAAAAUAAUAUUUCUUUUUACAAGACAUGAUAUCGAUAAUUGGUAUAAUAUCUUUAAAACAAAAGAAGGUUAUGAUGAAAAAACGUUUAAUGAUAAACUUUGGAGAUUAGAUGAAUCUUAUGUUUAUAAACUUAACAAUAAUAAUAGACAAAAAAUAAUCAAAAAUAUUUAUCAUAAUUACAAAAAUAAUAUAGUUUUGCAAAAUUGUAAAAAUGAGAAUAGAUAUUAUUAUUGUAUCAGAUAA